GCCUCGCCCUCUAUAUAGUUUCCCGCCUUUUCCAGCUCCUCUUGAGGAGAAUUGGAUGAUUUCGGUGAGAUCUGAGGAUUCCUGGGCACACCGCGGGCCCGCAGAAUGGAUUGGUUUCACUGCAACCAGUGUUUCCGAAAAGAUGGGACCCAUUUCUUUGUCACCAGCUGUGGCCAUAUUUUUUGUAAAAAGUGUGUGACUUUAGAAAAAUGUACUGUUUGUGGAACGGCCUGCAAGCAUCUGGCUCUUUCUGAUAAUCUUAAACCUCAGGAGAAGAUGUUCUUCAAAAGCCCCGUGGAAGCAGCUUUGCAGUAUUUUAGUCACAUCUCUCAGGUGUGGAGUUUCCAGAAGAAACAAACGGACCUCCUCAUCGCCUUUUAUAAGCAUAGAGUUACAAAGUUAGAAGCAGCUAUGCAUGAGGCACAGCAAAUGCUGACCAGCCAGGACAAAGAGUUGUCAGUCUUAAGGAAGGAGAAUGGAGAACUGAAGAAAUUUCUAGCCAUGCUAAAGGAAUCUCCAAGUCGGUACCAAGGAAGCAGAUUGACCACACCUCGACCAGUAGGCAUUACUUCUCCAUCACAGUCAGUUACUCCACGACCCAGUUCACAGCACAGUAGCCAAGUGGUUAGCCGGUCCUCCUCAUUGGAGUCUACUCCUUAUAGAGAGACUGGCUUUGGUAACUUGGGACAAGGAGGCAGAGGCUUUCAGGGAAGGAGCACUCCCAGAGACUCUUAUAAUGAAACCCCUUCACCAGCUUCAACUCAUAGCCUGUCUUAUAGACCUUCAUCUGCCUCCUCUGGACAGGGGAUUUUUAAUUUCAGACCACCCUUAAAUGGGGAUCCAGGCCACACAAGAGUCUUCACUCCCAACAAUCCUGGUCAGAGAGAGAGUAGAAUCACACCCACACUAGACAGUCUUCCCAGUUUCCAGCUACCAGUCCUGCAGACUCUCCACCACCAACAGGGGCAGAUGGGAUUUGCCAGUGGGAGAGAAGCAUGGACCACUUCCAGAUAGACCAUCUUUAAGGUCUGAUGUAUACAUACUGCUAAAGGAUGACUGUAGCAUCCAGUACCCUCUAGGGAUGAUGGCCUUGGAAAAUUUUCCCUUGCUUUGUGUCCUGGUUUCACUCUAUUCCUUAUUCUUUCUGGAUCUUUAUUCACCUUUAUUACCUCCCAAGAAGGGGUCAGGGAUUAUAAAAGGAUAGUGCUUCAGGAAGACGUUUAUAUAUAUAUAUAUCUCAGAAGAUAUAAGUAGCUCCCCUC